UGCCUCCCUCUGUCGUCGCCUGCUUGCUUCCCUCGUUCUUGCUCCAUGUCGGCUGCUUCUGACUUGUGUCCCCUCCAGAAAGUAUUCUUUAUUACCCAAAUCGACGUGUUGCGUUAGCGUUUACCGCGGGAAAAUAGUCUUCAUCAAUCGCCAUCAUCAAAGUUAAUGAGCUCCGCGCACUAAGAAACAGGGGAAACAGAUUUCGUUAUACCGUUACAGCUCUAACGCGAAACGUCCCAGGCAAAAUCCAAAUCCCAGCCCUUCAGAGUCGCAGAUGCUGCGUUUUCACUUGGGAUACGGCUUCGCUUUUGUGGGUCCCGAUGUGGGUUCAGAUUUGAUUUCGAAGAUCGGGCAUUAUUAUUUCCAGUUUCUGUUUGCAUCUGAAGAAAGUUAGCGCGAAGGAAAGUGGGGAAGAAGAGAAGUGGAAGGGCUUUUGUGGGAGAUAUGGAUUUGACAGAGAUGUCGAUCAUGCACCAUGUGGCCAUCGUCUUGUUUCUCCUUUGGGCGCUCUCUUGCUUCGGCUGGACUCACCCUUUUGCUUAUUUCGUUGCCCUAAUUUAUUUGUUCCUGGUUCACGAGAGAUGUGUAACGAAGUUGAGGAAGAAGCUGCAGUACGAAGAAUCAAAACAAGCUAAUCGGAAAAGGGUACAAUUUUCCACACUUGCUUCUCAUAAAUCUUGUGCCUUUAUGGUGCUAUCUGAUUCUGAAACAGUGAGGUGGCUGAACCAUGCUGUGGAGAAGAUAUGGCCUUUAUGUAUGGAAGAGAUCACUUCUCAGAUGAUUCUUCUCCCUAUCAUUCCUUGGUUCUUGGACAAGUAUAAACCAUGGACUGCUAAAAAGGCGGUUGUGCAGCAUUUAUAUAUGGGGAGAAACCCGCCAAUGUUCACCGAAGUUAGGGUUCUUCGCCAAUGUACUGGCGAUGACCACUUGGCACUAGAGAUGGGAAUGAGGUUUUGUACAGCUGAUGAUAUGCUUGCAGUUCUUGCUGUGAAAUUAAGGAGAAGGCUUGGAUUUGGGAUGUGGACAAAAUUGCAUAUAACCGGCAUGCAAGUGGAGGGGAAGGUCUUGAUUGGAAUAAAAUUUCUACGCCGCUGGCCUUUUAUUGGACGUUUAAGAGUAUGCUUUGCUGAGCCGCCCUAUUUCCAAAUGACGGUGAAACCCAUCUUUACCCAUGGGGUUGAUGUUACUGUGCUUCCUGGGAUUGCAGGGUGGCUAGACAAGCUUCUGUCAAUGGCAUUUGAGCAGACCCUGGUUCAGCCGAAUAUGCUAGUUGCUGACAUGGAGAAGUUUGUUUCACCUGGUCAAGAAACUUGGUUCUCUGUCGACGAGAAGAAGCCUAUCGCUUUUGCAAAAGUUGAAGUUAUCGAAGCAUCCGACAUGAAACCGUCAGACUUAAACGGUUUAGCUGAUCCAUACGUGAAAGGACAAGUUGGUCCCUAUGGAUUCAGGACAAAGAUCCAAAGGAAAACUUUGGCUCCCAAAUGGCUUGAGGAAUUUGAAAUCCCCAUUGUUAGUUGGGAGUUGCCGAAUGUUCUCUCUAUCGAAGUUCGUGACAAAGACCACUUUGUUGACGAUGCCCUCGGGAAGUGCACCGUCAAUAUUAAUGAUCUAAGAGAUGGCGAGAGACACGACAUGUGGUUGCCCCUUCAGAACAUCAAAAUGGGUCGACUGCAUCUCGCCUUAACUGUGCGACCGGAAAAAGAGGAUGCCACCUGUUCCAUAGAAGGAGAAGAAGCGAUGAACAAACAAGAAGUACGUGAAUCUUUUGCCAACGAUGCUACUAAUCGAUCUUCAUUCUCAUCUAUGACAUCGGAAUCCCAAAAAGUAUCCGACAACUUCGAGCCAAUCAACGUGGAGGGACAACAAGAGACCGGGGUAUGGAUCCAUCACCCUGGGUCUGAAGUAUCCCAGACUUGGGAACCAAGAAAAGGAAAAACUCGGAAAGUCGAGCACACUCAGAGCAGCAAAUCCUUGGGCAACUCAUUUGGGAGCAGCAAUUCAUCCGGAGUGCAAUGCAACGAAAGCAGCAGCACCGACGAAGCUUCUGCAGACGGUAAAAAGCAAGGAAAAAGCCGAGUUCGUCGUGGUCUGCACAGGAUCUCUGCGGCAUUUCACAGGACUCCCAAAGAGGAAGCUAAUCAUCCAGGCGAUGGUAAUAACGAGGAAGCUGUUCAUUCCCCUUAUGCCAACAUUCGAGCAGCGAAUCAGAAGGAAGGUGGAGUGAAGUUCAUCGUUGAGGAUAGCCUCUCCGGGGAGAUACCCAAUAAGCAACCAAACUCGAGCCCGGACUCAGCUUCCAGCCCUGGGAAGGGUAGCAGUAAGAGGGAGAAGACGAAGUGCAUUUUGAAAAAGAUGGAGAAGUCGGCUCGUAGCUUCAAGCAUGUGUUGUCUAGGAAAGGAUCCAAAGUGUCCCGAGGAGGCUGUGGUCCGGAGUUAGGGGAGGAGCAUGCAAUGGAUGCUGAGUCGGACACUUCCGACGAAGAUGAAGAUGAUAAAUCUCAACCUGCUGUUGCUCAUCCAGUUAUUGUUGGCAAUCCCAUCCCCGCGCCCAUAAAAGAUGAUGAUGUGCUGAAUAGUGAAAAGCAUAGUGAUAAUGUGAAUGGUAAUGGUGAUCAGGGCAUAGAAAGGAAGGAGAAUAAGGAGGCUGGUAGCUCAGAAGCAGGCUGUAAGGUGCAAGAGGAGACAUUGAAGCCUACUGAUCAAGCAGGAGUUGAGGAUAGUAAGGUGGAGGAAGAGAAGAUUCGGCAAACGUAGCAUACUACAUGGUUGUAUGAAAGAUUUGGGUACUACAAUGGUGAUAUGGUUGUAUCGUGUAUGUAUAUAUAUGUAAGAUCGACGCUGUUGCUUGCAUGCAAAUCUGCAAAUUCACCCUCGGGAAACAUGCUUCGUUGUUUACCAUGUUUUCGGAUCGUAUAGAGAAUCAAACAAACGUUUGGUGGUUUGAGACCUAUUUCAAUAAGAAAGCUUCAAUGUAACAGCAGGUUGAGAACAGCAGUUACAGAACAUUACGCCAAUAUAAUUAACUCCAUUUCAAUAAGAAAGCUUCUGGCUGUCGUAACCUUGAUAAUGAUGAUCUAUCAUUCAGUCUGAUAACUUCGAAGACGUUAAGUACUGUAGCACAAGAUAACAAAAACAACAACGAAAGGUUCUGUGCCCCAUUUGAAUUGCAUUGCGAAUGUUGGAAGAACAAAUUCAGGGUGUUCCUAAUAUCAGGCGUCUCUAGCAGGGCCCUUCUUUGCAGCCUCAGCAGCUGCCUUCUCCGCUUCAAUCUCGGCCACGAUAGCAUCGAUUUCAGCCUCUUCAAGUUGUCGCAAGCCCUGGUCUUUCGUCAUCACUGCGACUUCGAUAUUCUUUCCUCCGCUCUCCACAACCUACACACAGAAUUCAAAAUUUCAGGACUUGGAGACUGAUUCACGUACAUAUGCAACUGUUUCCCUUUCAAACGAGUCAUGAAACAAUUCAGUUGGUUUCCACUGCUAAUAGUUCAGCAAGAAGCCUGGAGCAAUUUGGUUCGAUUGAUGUAAAAAAGCACGCAUGACCAUCAUCCUAUGGACCAGAACAGAACAAAACAAGCAGCUAUCAGUUAACAUAUACGACCGAAAGACAGCCUUUGAUGCUUUAAUAAAGUAAUCUUGCUGCACCAAACGCUGGUGGUUGCUUCUUGUUAUAAGUGAAUGCAACGAAAAGGCCCGGAAAUAACGAUAAAUGAAACAAUUCAUUUAUUCACAUUUCGUGCUAUUCUCGCAGGCGAAGAUCUAAUAUUGAUAUCCGUUGGGUCGUCUUGUCCUAGACCAUUUGCUUUUCAUCAGAUAUCUGACUCAAUCGUUUCAUCAAUACUUCAUGUUGAACGUACUUGAUACAAAGCAGGAACUCUACAUGGACUAGCAAAAAUAAAGCAAUUUUUCUGGAAGUCCAAAUGGAGAAAAGACAGACAGAAACAAUGCGUUGACUCUAUGCUUGUCAGCUAGAAUGAUUCAGGCAUCUUUGUCAUGAAACCUACAUCAGAUUCUGUCUUCCAAAGCAGAUUCAGAUUAUUCAUAACCAUUUGGGAAAAUAAAUGCUGUUAACCAAGACCCUCUCUCUACCAUCGGAACGAAAUCAUAUUAAACUGUUGCAUAUACUAUCCAGAAUUUGAUCAUAUUGGUUCUACUAUCUAAGAAACGAACUGCUCCAUACACUAUCCAGACAUUGAUCUUGUAGGAUCAAGAAACUACAAAACAAGCUGAAUCGGUUUUGCCAAAAGAUAUCCCCCCAUCUAACUUUCAAACUUGACUAAUUGUUGAGUACAUACCUCCAGUAAGGCACGGAUUGCAAGCUUGAUGGUUUCUUGCCCAUGAGUUUCUUUAUAAUUCUUCUCCAGAAACUCUCUGAUGGAGUUGGAGUUCCUCCCAGUUGCAUUUGCUUUCCAAGCUGAAAAGGUGCCAGAAGGGUCUGUCUGAUAAAGUGAUGGCACCCCAGUAUAUGGAUCAAAUCCUAUGAUCAAGGUCGAAAGUCCAAAUGGCCUGACACCACCGCUUUGUGUAUACUUUUGCUGAAGUCCAGCAAUGUAACGGGUAAUAUACUCAACAGUCACAGGAUCUUCUACAGUUAGCCUGUGGCUUUGACAUUCAAUCCUGGCCCUGUUGAUCAGCACUCGAGCAUCUGCCUUAAGGCCAGCACAUGCCAAAGCAAUAUGAUUAUCGAGGUUGACAAUCUUCCUCACUGAUCUGAAAUCCUGAAGCUUGGCGGCGGAUUUCUUCUCGACGCCAAGGACGACGGUGUCGGUGCCACGGACGCCGACCGCCGCGUUUCCCUUACGGACGGCUUCCAGUGCGUAUUCAACCUGGAAGAGAUGGCCAUCGGGCGAAAAGACAGUAAUCGCUCUAUCGUAUCUCGCCAUUGAUCCUCUCCUUGCAGCGCUCCUCUUCUUGAGCUAGAUCAGCUGGGAUUCUCAAGUUUGGUUUGUCUAACAAAACAGCAAGCAAAGCUUAUUAUGAAUCGACGCUCUUCCAACU